AUGGGUGGCCCUACCAAGCCUAAUAAACAAAUGGAUGACUUUAGACAAGCACUAAUGGAUUGUGAAUUGGGUGAUCUUGGUUUUAAGGGUUCCCAAUUCACCUGGUAUAAUAAUCGAGAGGGUUCAGAGUUCACCAAAGAGAGGCUGGACAGGGCCCUUGUCAAUGGUGCUUGGCAACAACUCUAUGACAUUAAUUCAGUCACCACUUUGCCUGUCCAAUGUUCAAACCAUAACCCUAUUCUGAUUUCUAGUAAAAAUUUUGCACUAAUCCAAAAUCCUACAAGGAGGAUUUUCAUAUAUGAGUUUGCAUGGGCCAAGAAGGAGGGGCAUGAGGAGAUAAUUAAAAGAGCAUGGCAGGGUUCUCUCAAAGUUGGAACCAAAGCUGAUGUGACCAGAAGGGGACUUCAGAGGUGCAGAUUCCAGUUGAGACAAUGGAACCAUGAAUCAAGAAGGAAAUCCCUGUAG